AUGUUUGCAGAUGACGUCUUUGGGAGCUGGUUGUUCCGCACUCCUGCUGCCUUCAAAGAUAAAACAGUCAUCUUGCUUGCAUCGGUAGGCACCAGCUCCGCCUCCCUCCUGCACAAAGUCAAGCACUUUAUAGACCAGGUACACCAGCCUAUCCAUGAAGAGCUGCUGCAGCAUGGCCUGCCCUCCUACAUGCAAUCAGCUGAUGCACAGACUAGGAGCAGCACCCAGUCGUGCAGCAACCCUCUGAUGGAUCUCGAGGGGAUCUCCAGGGACGAUCUCUUGGAAGCAGCAGCAGAGCUCCAGCAUCUGCAGACCCUGGCUCUUCAGGGAGUCGAGUUUGCGACGGCCACGCCCCUGACCCGCCAAGUCCAGCCUCAGUUGGAGCAGGGCCGCCCUCCGAUACUGGAGGUUCCUCUCACGCCAUCAGCAGCCUCCACCACGGCCACGCCGACCAGAACAAUGGACGACCCAGCUCUUCGCCCGACCAAGUACACACGCCCGGGAGGGAAAGGACCAGAUGGCAGGAAGGAUCCGGAUCAGACACCGAAGCCACAGCACGACAAUCCAGGCCAGGGACGGGGACAACGCCGCCAAUUCCAGCCACAAAGUCGGAAUCAGCCACCGGAGUCGCAGCGAGGCUCAGACAAUCUACACUUGCACAGGCGGGCUUUGGAAUCGUUGGUGGGAAAGAUGGCGCAACUCAUGUUGCGUCACGAAGAUUUCCACACAGGACUUGCUCAGUCGACCUCGUGGGUCCUCUUCGAGGGGACCGUGCCUCCCCUGUCCACGAUAGCAGCCCAGGCGCGGAUAGCUCAAGAAUGGCAUCGCAUGAAACGCGACACGCCAGAAUCCAUACGCCAGCCGUUGCGGACCAUAUUGUUCCAAACGUGGGCUGCAGAAUUGAAGGGUCGCUUGGAAUCCAUCACCAAAGACCCAGCUUGCAGGCAGCAAGCACUGGGUCUACAGUCCAUGGAGGAACCAGAUCUGUUCCCUUACAAAAA